AUGGCCUCCCCCGGUUCCUCCGGUACCACCCGCAGCCGCCGCACCAACCCGUUCGAAGGCCCCGCCCCCGUCAUCAUCCGCGAUCUCAACAUCCUCGAUUGGGUUCCCGUCGUCAUCCGCGAUCUCAACAUCCUCGCUCGGGUUCCCGUCGUCCUCGAUCACCUCACCUCCACCUACUAUGCCUGGAAGACAUACUUCUCCCUUGUGUUCCGUGAGUACAAUCUCCGGGAUCACAUCGAUGGCUCCGUGGACUCCAGCUUCAUGGAGGACGAUGAAGAGUGGACGUCCAUCGACGUCACUCUCAUCCGUUGGUUCUACACCACCAUCUCGAAGGACCUCUUCCACACGGUGGUCUCCACCGACGAUGACGCUCACGCCGUUUGGACUAAGCUCAACGGCCUCUUCAUCGACAACGAGCUCCAACGCAAGGUUUUCUUGCACGGCGAGUUUUUUGGGUGCCAGCGGCUCGACUCGUCUGUUGACGAUUAUUGCAUGCGCCUCAAGAAGCUUGUUGACGAGCUCCGUGACCUCGCUGAGAAGGUCUCCGACAAGCUUCUUCUCAGCACCCUCAUCGUCGGCCUGAUCGAAGACUUCGGGAACGCCGCCUCCAACAUCCCUCUCAUCACCAACCCGACCUUCCCCAAGAUCGUCGCGUACCUGAAGCUGGAGGAGAGGAGGAUGCGGAUGUCGCGCACCCGGGCCACCCACACGGCCCUCACCGCCGUUACCCGCAGCGGUGCGCCGGUACCCGCGGCGGUGCGCCGCCCACCGCCCCGGCUCCCCCGCCGCGGCCCGCCCCAGGCCCCUUCUAGGCGCCGCCACCGCCCGGGUUCCCCUACCCGGUGCCGCAGCAGGCCCCCCCGCCGCCCCCCAUCGAGCAGCAGCAGCGCCUGGGCGGGCGCCGCGGCCGAGGUGGCCGCAAACAGGAGCAGCCACAGCCGGCUACCCACGGCGGGGCGCCGUGCCAGCCGCAGCAGCAGCUCCCGCGCCGGCGCCCUGGCAGGCCGGCCAGAACCCCUGGACGGGGGUCGUUCACGCGCGCUUUACGCGGCCCCUCAGCCGUACCCGCCCGCGCCGCUCUACGGCCCCUCUGCGGCCUAUGGCCUGCCUUCGGCCGGUGGGUUCACGGCGCUGCCGCCACAGCCGCUGCCGUCGGCCCCGGCCCUCCCGCCGGCGCCUUGGGACCCCGCGCUUCUAGCAGCCCUCCACACCGCCCCCACGCCACAGCAGUACACAUGCGGUGACGACUGGUAUAUGCAUGGACACUGGAGCCACGGCUCACAUGGCUGCCAACCCCGGUAA